AUGUCUCGGGCCUACCCAGCUGUCGAUGAUGCCCUAGUUGAUGACAUUUCCUAUGUAACAGAGGGCUCUAGGGUGGCAUCCCCAUCCUCAAGCACUAGUCUGGGAGGCACAGUGACUCCUUCUUUUAGCAGUGGUUCCUUAACCGGUAGCGACGCACUUCCAAAUGAGGAUUCCAAGAUACCAUCUAGAACUGCAUCUCCGGCUAGCUCGUGUACCCGACUAGUGCCUUCCUUAGCUAGAGAAGAAGAAAGAGCCACUUUUGCAAAUUCAGCCGAUGCCGCAGAGAGAGCUGAAUAUGGAACCAGGAUGAAUGCCAUCCAUCGCGUUUUGCCGUGGAAAUUUGAUGCACGAUAUUGGGGUCUUCUACUCCUGAUGGGGCUUGCAUUUUGGGCUGGAAUGAAACUCAGCCCACAAAGAGAGUGCAAGAUUGGCUAUCCCGACAUCGUUUACUCGCCUGCUCGGGGUGUGCAGGAUUAUUUGACAAUCCGUUUCGAUGGGGGCGUCCAAACGAUAAACCUGUAUAAAGGGGUCCCAAGCAAGGAGCUAGAUGAGGCCUGGAAAGCUCUAUACGAUAUCGGCCCACUUCUGGUCGAUAAAAAAGAGCUCGAGGCUAUCGGGAAGGAGAGUAUCGAGUUGCCAUCGCGUCCCGGAAAGCACUUGGCUAAGCUGGCAGUAUUCCAUCAGCUCCACUGCUUGGACUAUGUGCGCCGAUACGUGCAUAGGGAGCACUACCGCAUCGAUGAUAGCCAUGCGACUAUCUCCGGAAUUGAUCAUGCCGAUCACUGCAUCGACAUGAUCCGUCAGGCUCUGUCAUGUUCGGCCGACCCCACGCUUAUCACCUUCAACCAAAAGAGCCCUUUCCAUGAGGUAGAGGCUGACUUUAGCGCAACUCACGCUUGCACAAACUUCGAAAAGGUGCAUGGCUGGGCCAAGAACAAAGCCAUCAACAUGACGGAGGAGAUCAUCCGGAACCCAGGGGCGUUCAAGGAAGCUGCGGUAACAUCUCUCCACAGCUAG